AUUCCACACUUGCGAUAGGCCCACUUGAUGUAUUUAAGAAUAGUUUACUGUUUAUAUUCGCGAAAUUGUGUGGGUGAGAGAUCGCUGAAAAGUUCAACAUUAAACAACAUGUUUCUGCUUACUGAAUCUAACAAGAAAAUGCAAUUAGCAACGUGACAUAAGUGGUCAGUGCAUUUAAAUGUUAGUAUCAAUUCAUUUAAGAAACUUGUUUACUGUAGAGAAGACUUUUCAAAUGUGUUCUUAAUUGAAUCAAUGAAUUGUUUGAAUCAAACAAUUUUUAUUGUGUUAAGUAUCAAAGGAUAUAUAUGAUGACUUCAGUGAUGGAGUUGUAAAAUAAAAUGUAUUAGACGAUUAACCUACAAUAUUUCUUCAAGAAAAGUCAAGAAACAAUGUCUAAAUCUGAGAGCAAGUAUAAAACUAGGUUCCAUCCGUGUCAUGGAAACAAUAUUGUUUUAUACGAUGAUGGCACAGUUGCAUACCGUAAGUCCAGUUUUGCAGAAUCUUUGGUUUUUAGCGCUGAACCUUUGCAGCUUGGUGAAAUGUUCUUACUGGAAAUAGAAAAAGUUGAAAGGGGUUGGAGUGGACACAUGAGGAUAGGUCUUACUCAAUUUGAUCCCAAAAACAUUCAUACGUUAGACUCAGAACCAGCUCUUCCAAAUAUGAUGAAAGCAGAGUUUAGCUGGGUAUUCGCAAUGACUGAUAGUAGUAUAAUUUGGGACAGUUUCUGGGAUGGAAGUCAUAACCGUUCUGGUGAUUCUUCACAAAGAUCUGUAAAAGAAACUAAAUUAGUGAAAAAAGGAGAAUAUGUUCAUACUUCUCGUGGUGUUAUACCUUACUGUGUCUUAAAACCAAAUGUUGAUGACAUGAUAGAAAAUCUAUUGCCUACAGAUCACGGUAGUAGAGUAGGUGUUAUUUAUGUACCUCAAGCAAAUUCUGACUUGGCAGAAAUGCACUUCAUUAUAAAUGGAGAAGACCAAGGGGCUUUUGCAACUAAUAUUCCAUACAAAAAUGGACCUCUGUACGCUGUAGUUGAUGUUUAUGGAACUACAAAACAAGUUAGAAUCAUACAACUGUAUAAUGCUUCACAAACUUUACAAAGUGCUUGCAGAGAUACCAUACUUCAAUGUACAAAGAUGAAUGCUGUUGAUUCUCUUCCUCUACCCAAACAAUUGAGAAACUAUCUGCUUUUCCAAAAUGAAUGAUUUGUUCAAAUUAUAUA